AUGGCAAGACUCAAAGAAAUCAUAAACCGAUUAAAUACAGAUCAAGUUCGUAAAAGACAAACAGGAAUAAUUGAAUUAGAAUCAGGAGGAAGAACAUAUGAACUUCAAUGUUUCACAGUAUUAAAUCAAGAAGAUCGAUUACUUGGAACUCCAUAUUUAUUAAAUGAAGAUGAUGAAGAAAUUACUCAAGUAAUUGAACAAAUUAAUCAUAAAUAUUAUGAAAAAUAUGGUCAAGAAUUAAAUGAAUCAGAACGAGAAAAGAUUAUUGAUUCUAUCGUUUCUGUAAUGACAAAUAAAUUACAAAUUCAAAAAUUGGUUGAAGAAUCAGAUAAAUUGAAUAAAAUUGUUGAUAAUUGUCAUGAUAAACAUUUUAAUCAAGUUUUGAAUGAUUUAAAGAUGGAAAUGUUUGAUGAACACAAACAAUCUGAUACUGAAUUUAUGAAACGAAUUGAAGAAUGUAUAGUUCCAUUACGGGAUGAACAUGAGUUGCAUGAUGAUAAUAACAAUAAUAAUAAGAAUGUAACUGAGUUAACUAAAGCUUUGGCUGCCUUGGGUGCUGUUCCCACUCCAAACCAAAACUAA